GAAUUUGCAGAAGAGCUUUAUUUUGAAAGUAACAGUAUGUAUGAGGAGGAGUCAUUAGUCUUCAGCCACACCUAUUCUUCCAUAUAAAAUCAACUUUCAAGACAGAUAACGUAUGCUUACUUCAGUUACUGACAGGUCAUACGGAUCGACAGAUCUUCAUUAAGCAAACCCUCUGAUCACCAUAAUGGCUCCAACUCAAAAAUGCCAUGGAAAAGAAUGUCCUGCUCCUGGACCAGUGCCGAAUGGUGUUAUUCGGAUCUACAGCAUGAGAUUCUGCCCUUUUGCUGAGAGAACAAGACUGGUGCUCACUGCUAAGGGAGUUAAGCAUGACAUUGUCAACAUCAAUUUGAAGGAUAAGCCAGAUUGGUUUCUGGAAAAGAAUCCUUUUGGGACGGUACCAGUAUUGGAAACCUCAAGUGGUCAGGUGAUAUACGAGUCACCAAUCACCUGCGAGUACCUGGAUGAGGCCUACCCUGAGAAGAAGCUGCUCCCAUCCGACCCAUUUGAGAGGGCCCAACAGAAAAUGCUGCUGGAGCUUUAUUCAAAGGUGAUUCCAUACUUCUAUAAGAUCUCUAUGGGCAAGAAAAGGGGAGAGGACGUCUCAGCAGCUGAAGUUGAAUUUACAGAAAAACUCUCCCAAUUAAAUCAGACUCUGGCAAAAAAGAAGACCAAAUAUUUUGGGGGCGAUUCAGUCACAAUGAUUGACUACUUGAUCUGGCCAUGGUUUGAGAGGGCAGAGAUGAUGAACGUGAAGCAUUGUUUGGCCAACACUCCUGAGUUAAGGAAGUGGAUUGAACGCAUGUUCGAGGAUCCUGUCGUGAAAGCCACCAUGUUUAGCACAGAGGAUCACAAGGUGUUCUUCGACAGCUACAUGGAUGGAAAGCCGAAUUAUGAUCAUGGUUUAUAGAGUAAAAUGGGAUGAUAUAUGUCCAUCUUUGUGUGGAAUUGUUAUCAUUGCUAUAUUUUUAUCCUGAAUUUACAGCAGAUUAUGCUUUUUACAAUGUAUAUUAACAUGUUUGUCAUUUAUACAUGAAUAUAAAUAAACCAAAUGUACAAAACAUAAAA